UGGCUGGUUUUGGGAUUUUCCUGAAUAAAACUAAUAUUCGUAUGAGCUUACUGCAAAGAGAGAGAAAGAGAGCACGGCAGUGCUUGCCCGUUACACCUGUGUUAGGGUAAUUUUUUUUGACAGGCUAGCUUUGCUAGACCUAAGCCAAUAGAAUGAAGCUAGGAGAAUAAGUAAUAUGUAGCUAGUUUGCUGAGAUCAUAACAUCGAAAUAAAAGAGGAAACAUGGGUCAGUGAGGCGGGAUUGCUGGACCGAAGCCAAAAAGAAUGAGGCUGACAGAAUAGGAAACAUAUAGUGAGGUUUUCAUUGGGUGAUUACCAUAAUUGAUUCCCAAAUUCAGAAGUCGGUGUGAUUACAAUAUUGUAAGGGUUAAGGACGUUAUCAUACUAAAUCAAGCAGUCAAAUAAAGAGGACAAUGAAAUGCACUGAACUAAUUAACUAGGUGCUAGGACCAUGUACAAAGAACACUUACUUCAUGACAUGAAAGACAAAUUUAGCAUUUUAGUAGAUGAAUCCACUGACUUGAGUUCAGCAUGAACGGUUGUUCACAAGCUGCUAGACAAUACAUACCUGUAUGAUGUUUUGACACGAUAAUCUGCACUCUAUGCAUAACUUUACACAAAAGAAUUAUUUAAAAAAAAUCAUGGCUCUUACUACACAUCCAAUUUAGUGGGAUAUUUGGCAGUUAUUUAGAACUGUUUUAAGGCUAGAUCUUAGCGUGCUGGGACCACUGCCUGUCGUCUACCUGUUAACCGAACCUGAAAAAGCCCAUUGUGAUUAUGGUUAAUUAUCAAGUUAUUUGUGAUGGGAAAAUAGCCGUUGCAGGUGAUUUGAAGAAUACUCCUUGGGAAGCUAACAACUGGAGCAUGGAGGCACUGAUAUUACAGUGGCCAAAGCAUCAGCCAUCCCUUCAACCAGAGAGGCUGGCUGUGAGGAGGAAUGAUGACUCAACAUGGACUCAAUGCUCCAACACUGAUCACCUUGUGGGGGGCCAGCGUGAGACAUCCAUGCAUUAUACCAUCAAAGAGUGGUCUGGUGUCAACCGAACUUACAUAAAACCAUGCUGGGAAUUUUCUCUCAAGGGCAGCUCUAUGACGAAGACCAAUUCCACUGGGAUCUAUUUACUCUUGUGGUGGAUCCAAUUACUAAAGAUACUAAUGUGUCUUAUCCUUCCCAGCAUCAAGGAGACUGCUAUCAACCUCCACACCAAGUACAGGUCAACAUUUGCUUCCUGGUUACUACAUAUUCUUGAGAGGUGCUAUCAGAGUUCUCUUUGUCGGCUUGCAAAGAUGAAAAUGAUGAAGAAAAAGAAGGUUAAUGGAACUGGAUAAAACCCCAAUUGAAGAAGUGUCCCAAGAAAGUGAAAACUCCCAGAUAUGAUAGCAGUUCCAGGAGGUGUCAGUGGCCUUGCUACUGCCCACUACCUGAAUUGUGAUUGAGGCCUCACAAAGAUUAGGUAGAUGGAUCAACUCGCUGAAGCAUGAAGAUACUGUAGUACAAUACAGUAUAUGAACUUGGGCCUCGGAUUCUCAGGUGUUGCAGCUUGGUUGGGUAGUAAGACUUCUUCACAGCGUGUAUUUCACGGAUGACUUGGGUGCUAAUGGACCUGUAGCGGUUUUAGGUGAGUGAGAGAAAGAUAGAGAAAUAUUUAAACUAGCAUUUACCAUUGCCAUAUGAAGAAUUCUAGAAUGCUCGGCUUGUUUUUUCUCACUGGGGUUUUAAAGUACUACGCGUGCUCCGUAUGAAAGGUCCCAUUGAACUUGAUUAAUUUCUAAACUGCGUGAGUCCUCAUGCUCAGAAAAAACCUGCUCGUGUGAAGCGGGUCUUUCAGUGAAAUAUAAGAGGUGCGGUGUACCCUGCGUGGUAUGAAUUUUACUCUAAGAUAUCAGAAUUUAUCUUUGUGAAUACAAUAUCAGUAGUGGAUAAGCGGGGUUGAGAAUAAUGAGGUAUUCCUGUAUUUUAAAGGCAAAUUUUGUUGUUUCUGGCACACAAGACUAAAAUAGCUUUGGUGUCAUUUUACAGGCAAAUUUGGGUGUUUAAGGCACCUAAAACUAUAUAAAGCCUUGGUGACAUUUUACAGCAAAUUUGGGCGUUUCAGACACCCUAGACAAUAACCUCGGUGUCAUUUUACAGGCAAAUUUUAGAGUUUCAGGUACCCAAGACUAUAUAGCCUUGGUGUCAUUUUUCAAACAAAUUUCCAUGUUUCAGGGACCCUAGACUAUAACCCUGCUAUUAAUUUAGUCAAAUUUGGGUGUUUCAGGCAUCCAAAGACGAUAUAGUAGAGUAAAUUUCAUGGAAUCUAUGACUCCUGUCAUUUUAUUAUAGUUGAUCUAUGUACCUUUGACUAUUUAGAAAAGAUUAAUCUCCUAUGUACUCUCACGCACCAGAUUUUUUAUGCACCCUCUUCCCCUACUCCUGACUCUAUGGAAGUCGUAGCCUUGGCUUCAAACAAAACGUCGUGGUGCAAUAUUGUAGCUCGAAGCUUCGCUAAAUUGUCCAAAUAGUAGUUCAUGAUAUAAUAUUUGAGAGAGAAUACAUGUAUAUGCAAGAUACAGGUUUUUUAGUGACUUCACAGCACUUUACUUACCAUCACGAUACUUAACAUCACCAUACAAGAGGGACCGUUCGGUUUGCAGCCCUGACCAUGACUUCCCUCAAGCCAGGAGUAUGGAUACAGGGUGCAUUGAAACUAUGGCGCGUGAGUGUACAUCUGAUAUAAAGAGAGCUAACCAUGCUUGAGCAUCAAUUCCAAAAUGGUCACCGGUGGUCAUAACAUUUGAACUAAAUCAUAAAUGAGGGGUCAUUUUCCACUAAUGUUGAGGUGCGAAAUAUGAUGGGAUAGUCAAUUUUUUGGUUUAGGGGUCAUUUUGGCCUCCAAAUCCAAGAUGACUGCUGUCAGCCAAGUUGAAAAAAACAUGGUAUAACUUAGGAACCUAAUGAGCUAUAUGCAUGAAUGAGGGUUCUUCUCCCAUUAAUUCCAGGAUGGGGGAAGUUAUUUUUUACUUUUAAAUGUCACCUUUACCCCUUAUACAAAACAGCCACCUUCCGAGAUCAUAAAAAAUCACAUUGAAAAAGUGUGGAACAUAAUGGUCACUGAUUCUAUGAAAGUGACUUUAACAAGUGAAAAUAUUUUUGUAUUUAAUUUUCUAGAGUAAAUUCUAAAUAAAUAAAUUCGUAUUUUUCAGGUGUGGCACCGGAGAUCGCCAGUGAGUAGACAUUCAUAUGUAUCUGGAAUCACUGUUCACAGACAUAUAUAUACAGUAUAUAUCUAAAUAGAUAUACAGUAAUACCUCACUUUACGCAGUCAAUUGAACCCACGGAGGCCCUCGUAAAGUGAACAACAGAACAUAUGGGAUUAAUUGAAAUAGAG